UGGGGUCAGCGAGGGGAAGUCUGAGCGGGAGUUCGCGCGGCGCGUCCCCGCGUCUUUCCUAAAUCGUCCUUCUCGGACACGGUCGGCCUGCUUCUGUCACGGGUGGAGCCUGUGGCUGUCAGCCUCUACCUGUCAGCCGGCGGACGAUCCUCCCAUCCUUUCAGCACUGCGUCGCCGCCCUUCGCUCCACGGACUCCCGCAGCAGUGCCCGGCGCCGCAUGUGCCCGGCCACCGGCCCUGUGCAGGGACAUCCUGAAGAGGUGGAAUUCAGAAGGAAUCCCUCAGACACAAGCCUCUACCAACUCCCUGCCUCAGCUGGGCAGGCUUUUCAACUCUCUCUGCCCAGAAUGUCAGGAGAGGCCACAGCCUUGGUCUGCUCUGCUGUAAGAGAACAAGAAGGACUUACAGUUGUGAAGGUUGAAGAAGAAAAUUAUGUUGCGGGGAAGGACUCUGUCCUUGAGGGAGUCUCCCAGAGCCAGGAGAUCUUCCGUCAGCGGUUCAGGCAGUUUGGUUACUCUGACUCUGCUGGGCCCCGGGAGGCUCUGAGACAACUCCAGGAGCUCUGCUGUCAGUGGCUGAGGCCAGAGGCACACACCAAGGAGCAGAUCCUGGAGCUGCUGGUGUUGGAGCAGUUCCUGGCCAUCCUGCCCGAGAAGCUGCAGGCCUGCGUGCAGAGGCACCGGCCAGAGAACGGAGAGGAAGCUGUGACUCUGCUGGAGGAGUUGGAGAGAGAAGUUGGUGAAGCAAGCCAACAGGACACCACUGAUCGCCAAGAAAUGAUCUGGAAGGAAAUGACAACCAAGGGAGCACUAACAUCUGUGUACAGCUUACCACAGUCCUUGGAGAACCAGUGCAAGAGUGAGACUCAGGAGACUGAAACUUUCUAUGAGAAAGAUGGCAAGAUGGUGAGUGACAAAAUGUUGACAGUAAAACAAGAAAUUAUUGAAUGUGUAACAUCAGCAGCUCUGAUAUCCUCAGCAAGGCUCCGUGGUGAAACUGCUUCAGGACAGAUAGUUGAAGCUUUGGGACAUGUGGGCAGUGCUGAGAAGCAGAGGGGAAGUGUUGCAUGGAACACAGUGAGUCAGCUCUCUUCCCAGGAAACCCAUGUUAGUGUGGCAACCUUCAGCAGGAAAAUCCCCACGGAACAGAGCAUCUUUGAAUGUAAUGGAAGUGAAGGACAUCUCAGUGUGAACUCCAAUGAAAUUACAAGACAGAAAAUUCACACAGGGAAGCUCUAUGAAUGCUCUGACUGUGGGAAAGCCUUUUGCCAGAGCUCAAAGCUGAUUCAACAUCAGAGAAUUCACAGUGCUGAAAAUCCUUAUGAAUGUUGUGAAUGUGGGAAAACUUUAAGGGGCCGCUCUGAGCUCAUUACUCAUCGGAGAAUUCACACUGGAGAGAAACCAUAUGAGUGUGGAGAAUGUGGGAAAGCCUUCAGCCAGAUUUCUGCCCUUAAUCAGCAUAAGAAAAUUCACACUGGAGAUAAAGCAUAUGAGUGCACUGAGUGCGGUAAGUCUUUUGGGAGGAGCUCUAUCCUUAUUGAACAUCAAAGAAUUCACAGUGGUGAAAAACCCUAUGAAUGUCGUGAAUGUGGAAAAGCUUUCAGGGGCAGCUCAGAUCUCAUUAGGCAUCGAAGAAUUCACACUGGAGAAAAACCCUAUGAGUGUGGUGAGUGUGGGAAGGCCUUCAGCCGGAGUUCAGCCCUUAUUCAACAUAAGAAAAUUCACACUGGAGAUAAAGUAUAUGAAUGUAUUGAAUGCGGUAAGGCUUUUGGGAGGAACUCUAUCCUUAUUGAACAUCAAAGAAUUCACACUGGAGAGAGGCCUUAUGAAUGUAACGAAUGUGGAAAAUCAUUUAAUCAGAGCUCAGCCCUGACCCAACACCAGAGAAUACACACUGGGGAGAAGCCUUAUGAAUGUAGUGAAUGUAGAAAAACAUUUAGGCAUAGAUCCGGCCUCAUGCGUCAUCAGAGAACACACACCAAAAGGUCGCAGGUCUGGAGGCAACUGAGCACCAAUGGGCUCAGAAGAGAAUCACUCUGCGGAGCAGAAAUCUACCUUCUGAGACUCGAGCACCUGAAACAGCCUCUAAAUACAAAAGGAGAGAAGGAGAAAACGAAAGCUUCUUUAAUUUCCAAUAGAAGCCAAGGCCCAGAGAGCGCUGACCAGGUACGGAGAACCGACGCGCUCUCCGUGCCAGGGAGCGGCCCUGGACUCGACAAACCGCCUGGUAGGCGGAAUCGCCCAGGAUACCCGGGCCUCCCACGGGUAACCUUGUGCCUACCUGCAAGCGUCCCGCCGCUCGCUGUGGAGCCUCCCACUAAGCGAGCCACACACCAGCCCGCCCGCUCUAGGAACCCGGGAGGAGCGCUCAGCUCUAUGGUGCGGCGCCGUGCCUGCGCGCUGCCUGGGCCGCGGCGGGUGGGUGGACCAGAAUUAACCCGUGAACACCCGCAGGGCAGUGCCCAGCAGAGCCCUAGCUUGAACAGUGGCAUGCAUCAGCGUGCCUUGGAGGCCUUGCGGCCCAGACCCAGAGUUUUUGACUCAGUAUGUCAGGGAUGCCCACCGAGGUUCUCAGGUGACAUGAUGCUGCUGUUCUGUGACCACCCUUUCCGUCUCGGACACGGUCGGCCUGCUUCUGUCACGGGUGGAGCCUGUGGCUGUCAGCCUCUACCUGUCAGCCGGCGGACGAUCCUCCCAUCCUUUCAGCGCUGCGUCGCCGCCCUUCGCUCCACGGACUCCCGCAGCAGUGCCCGGCGCCGCAUGUGCCCGGCCACCGGCCCUGUGCAGGGACAUCCUGAAGAGGUGGAAUUCAGAAGGAAUCCCUCAGACACAAGCCUCUACCAACUCCCUGCCUCAGCUGGGCAGGCUUUUCAACUCUCUCUGCCCAGAAUGUCAGGAGAGGCCACAGCCUUGAUCUGCUCUGCUGUAAGAGAACAAGAAGGACUUACAGUUGUGAAGGUUGAAGAAGAAAAUUAUGUUGCGGGGAAGGACUCUGUCCUUGAGGGAGCCUCUCAGAGCCAGGAGAUCUUCCGUCAGCGGUUCAGGCAGUUUGGUUACUCUGACUCUGCCGGGCCCCGGGAGGCUCUGAGACAACUCCAGGAGCUCUGCUGUCAGUGGCUGAGGCCAGAGGCACACACCAAGGAGCAGAUCCUGGAGCUGCUGGUGUUGGAGCAGUUCCUGGCCAUCCUGCCCGAGAAGCUGCAGGCCUGCGUGCAGAGGCACCGGCCAGAGAAUGGAGAGGAAGCUGUGACUCUGCUGGAGGAGUUGGAGAGAGAAGUUGGUGAAGCAAGCCAACAGGACACCACUGAUCGCCAAGAAAUGAUCUGGAAGGAAAUGACAACCAAGGGAGCACUAACAUCUGUGUACAGCUUACCACAGUCCUUGGAGAACCAGUGCAAGAGUGAGACUCAGGAGACUGAAACUUUCUAUGAGAAAGAUGGCAAGAUGGUGAGUGACAAAAUGUUGACAGUAAAACAAGAAAUUAUUGAAUGUGUAACAUCAGCAGCUCUGAUAUCCUCAGCAAGGCUCUGUGGUGAAACUGCUUCAGGACAGAUAGUUGAAGCUUUGGGAGAUGUGGACAAUGCUGAGAAGCAGAGGGGAAGUGUUGCAUGGAACACAGUGAGUCAGCUCUCUUCCCAGGAAACCCAUGUUAGUGUGGCAACCUUCAGCAGAAAAAUCCCAACAGAACAAAGAAUCUUUGAAUGUAAUGGAAGUGAAGGACAUCUCAGUGUGAACUCCAAUGAAAUUACAAGACAGAAAAUUCACACAGGGAAGCUCUAUGAAUGCUCUGACUGUGGGAAAGCCUUUUGCCAGAGCUCAAAGUUGAUUCGACAUCAGAGAAUUCAUACUGGAGAGAGACCUUAUGCAUGUACAGAAUGUGGCAAAGCAUUCAGCUUGAGCUCAGAUCUUGUGAGACAUCUGAGAAUUCACAGUGGUGAGAAACCCUAUGAAUGUCGUGAAUGUGGAAAAGCUUUCAGAGGCAGCUCAGAGCUUAUUAGGCAUCGGAGAAUUCACACUGGAGAAAAACCCUAUGAGUGUGGUGAAUGUGGGAAAGCCUUCAGCCGGAGUUCAGCACUUAUUCAACAUAAGAAAAUUCACACUGGAGAUAAAGCAUAUGAGUGUAUUGAAUGUGGUAAGGCUUUUGGGAGAAGCUCUAUUCUUAUUGAACAUCGAAGAAUUCACACUGGAGAGAAGCCUUAUGAAUGUAACGAAUGUGGAAAAUCAUUUAAUCAGAGCUCAGCCCUGACCCAACACCAGAGAAUACACACUGGGGAGAAGCCUUAUGAAUGCAGUGAAUGUAGAAAAACAUUUAGGCACAGAUCCGGCCUCAUGCAGCAUCAGAGAACACACACCAGAGUCUAACAAUGUGGGUAAAAGUUGUGCAAUUGUGACAUAGUCUUAACUUUAAAUUUUCCAGAGAACCUAGCGUAGUUCACUACCAUAAGAGGAGAUCCACACAAUGUUGGGAUUGUUGAAGUGUUGAAUGGAAGAAUGGUAGGUAUUUCCUAGAAUUGAUUUUAGGAUGGGGACUCUCACCCGAAAUACCUCUUCCUUACCUUUUAACCAGCACAGAUAUAACUGCCAUUAGCACCUUCCAGGAAGUCCAAGAUCAGGACAGACAUGGAAAGCACUCCUUAUAAUAUGACAAGAAUCUUUGCCCAGUAACAGUAUUUGUGCAUUUUGCCGGUGGAGGCAUGUGCUCAUUUGAAUUAUGUAGCAUGUGAAAUGCUGAAAUAUGUUCUCCAUCAGUUUAAUGCUAUCUCAGGCUGGUUAGCAUUCUGGAAGGAAUAGUGGCUUGUUGUUCCUCUUGCUAAUUCUUUCUGCUGCCUUGAGCCUCCUGCUGAAGGUAAUUCUGACCUUAUUUGUUGAGUACCUGCUAUGUUUGGCCACUGGGGGAGACAUGGCCUCUGCCUUCCCUUCCACUUUUAGUUCAAUGCUUAAGGGAUAUACCUAUUUAUUAAAUGAGUGGUACAAUAAAGUAUGGUAAGUGUUUUGCUAAGAUAAAGCCAGGCUUUUGUUGAAGUACAUGGCAGGGAUAGCUUACUUGGUCUAUGAGCCACUUUUAAGAUUUCCUGGAUAUGACGACAUCAGAGUUAAAAAAAAACCUCAAUGGUAGGAAGUUAGCCAGGUGAAGGGCACAGGGAAAGAGGCAGAGGUUAUAGAACAUACCUGGUAUAAAGAUAAGGGAGAUGAGGACGCAUCCUGUCCUCAGGAUUCUACUCCAGCAGAAAUUAAUUUUCAUACUCUGGCUCAGAAGCCAGGACAUGUGUUGGUUUUUUCUUCCUACUUAUAAUCACUAUCACAGAUCAAGUGAGGCUGUCACAUGGUCAGAAUUAAUGUGGUAGAAGACUCUAGUGCAUUUUAUGGAAACAGCAUACAUGCAUCAAGGAAAAAAUAUAUGUUGGAGUCUGGAAGGAGACUGGGUGAUGGAGCAUUUGUGUCCCACUACCUUGGGCCUAGGAAAUGGAAGAUUGCAGGAACACAGUAAUGGGAAAUCUGCCUUCCCAGGCCCCCCAAUUCCUCAUUCCCUGCCUUUCUCACAGCACCAGGUGAUCUUAAGCCACCUGAGGGGAGUAAGUAUUUCUUGGGAUUAAUCUGUCAGAGUCCUCAAAAAUUAUACAUCUGUGCUAGCUUUUAUUUUGGCAAUUUUAAGUAACUCACACAUUCCUGAAGACAAUUCCUGUGUGAAUCACAUUGGAAAAUUUGGUAAUCAUAGCUAUUGUAUGUAGUACGAGAAAUGCAGUUGAGAAGUGUUUGUUCAAAAGUUGUGCAAAUUACCACUGAGCAAAAUCAAUCCUAAAUUUAUUUAAAGGAAUUCUUUUUUUUUUUUUUUUUUUUUGGUUUUUCUCCGGUACCGGGAACCGAACUCACGACCUUGCGCUUGCCAGGCAGGCGCUUUUGCCGCUGAGCUAAAUCCCCAGCCCCUAAAGGAAUUCUUUAAGUGUAUAGUGAGUUGCCUUUCCUACUAAAUGACUUAAUGUUUUUAUUGCCUAAUUGUGAAUUAAUUGUGAAUGCUGAUAAUAAAGUAUAAACAUCCAGAAUCCCACUAUCAAUAGGAACAGGUUACUAUUUUGCAGUAAUUCCUGUUAGUAUUUUUCUCCCUUAUUCCUAAUAUUUUUGGUAAAAAUUUUGUCUAGUGAAUAAAUUUUGGUAACUAAUUUUAAUAUUCAUGUUGCAUACACACUUUAACUGAUCAAAAUCAGAAUGUAAAGUAAGAUAUAAUAAAAUGAGUUUUAAAUAUU